AACCUUAUUCUUUCCUCUGUUCGCAUCAAAAACCUCUUUGAAUCAGGCUAUUCAAACCCAAUCUUACGGGUUCUUUCUCUCUAUCUUCUCCGUGUUUAUUCAAUCAUCACAGAAUGGCGUUAAGAGCCAUUGACAAUGCUCUUCCAAUAACUCCUGAUAGACCCAAAAAGCAAGCAAAAGUUAUUGUAAAGCAACCAGAGAAUGGUGUAAACGAUGAAAACAAGGUUCCAUUGCCGAUAUCAACUGAAGCCACAAUUGAUUAUAUCCCCACAGAGAGCCUCAAAGCCAUCGCAGACCCUGAAUCCAAGUUACAAGGAUUAAUUGAAGAAUUAGAAUCAAAGGACUGGACAAAAGUCUGUGAAUCCCUUAAUACUGCUAGGCAAUUCACGCUAUAUCACUCAUCUUUAUUACUCCCUUCCCUAGACAAAGUGGUGGUGAUUUUGGUGAAGUCCAUGAAGAACCCAAGAAGUGCUUUGUGCAAGACAUCUAUCAUGGCUUCCUCCGACAUAUUCAGCGCAUUUGGUGACAAGUUACUUGACUCUACCGCAACUGAUGCGUUUGAUGCCUUGCUUCUGCAGCUGCUACUCAAAGCUUCUCAAGACAAACGUUUUGUAUGUGAAGAAGCGGACAGAGCACUGAAUGUGAUGGUGAAAUCAAUGACUCCUCUGCCUCUUCUUCUUAGGCUAAAGGGGUAUGUUAGCCAUCGUAACCUCAGGGUCAGAGCCAAAGCUGCUGCUUCCAUCUCCAAUUGUGUCCCCAAUAUGGGGCUGGAAGAUAUGAAGGAAUUUGGGUUGGUCUCCCUAGUUCAAAUGGCUGUAGAUUUGUUGAAUGAUAAACUACCAGAGGCAAGGGAAGCCGCGCGAAGAAUUGGGAUGUCGGUGUAUGAGGCGAUAACCGGAAAUGAAGAGCAGAAGCUGGAGUCAUGGCAAAGCUUUUGCCAGUCUAAUUUACAGCCUAUUCAUGCUCAGUCCAUGAUCAAACUAAUCUCUCCCUGAUAGAAGGAGCAGGGUCAUGUGAGUAGCUGCAGCCACUGGAGUAGUUGAAGCAGUGGUGUUGUCAUGAGUGUCAUGAGCAGCAUAAGUAUAUCUGAAAUGUAAUAAAAUUUAGGGUCUGGUUUUUUAUGGGGUUAAUACUACUUUUGGUCACUGAAAUAUGGUCCGUGUUUCAAAUUGACCCCUGACUCUCAAAUUGUGCCAAUUUAACCAUCAAAAGUUCAAUUUGUUCCAAAUCAGUCAUCCGGACAGAAAUUGCUUAAUUUCGGUCAGUCAACCUGCUUGCAUGGCAGGUUGACCGUUAAUCACUGUUAAAAAUUGCUCACAUGACAGACGGAACUACAACAGUGGUUAACGGUCAACUGCCACGCAGGUAGGUUGACUGAUCGAAAUUGGGUAAUUUCUACCUGGGUGACUGAUUUGAAACAAAUUGAACUUUCAAUGAUUAAAUUGACACAAUUUGAGAGUCAAUGACCAAUUUUGAAACAUGUGUCAUCUUUCAGUGGUCAAAAGUGGUAUUUACCCGUUUUUUAUGAUUUGAGUCAUUGCCUCCAAAGUCCAUUUUCAAUAAACAGAUUAAGGUACUCUUCAUUUUGUUACAAAA